AUGUCCUCGUCCGCGUUCCUCGACGCCUUUGAAGACGCGUCGCGUGCGCGGUCCGGCAUCUUGACGCCCGCUUCCGAAGGCAGCUUGAAUCGCCAAGAUGAAGCUUCUUCGCCGCGCCGCGAUGCGAGGAAGUCGGGAGUGGCCGUCACCAUGGAGCAGCUGCUCAAGCCAUCAAUUGCUGUAAAGCCACAUCCACCUAAUUUGCAUAUCCCGCCCCGCGUCCUGCACCCAUUGAUGCUUCUGCCUCGCGAACACCUGCCGCUGGCGUAUAUAGACUUUGCAGCUUCCAACGGCGAUUUCCCCCAGUCUCGGUUUUACGAAUCUUAUAUCCAUAUUCUCGAUCUCGAAAGUCGGCUGGGCCCCGCGCCCAUUGUGCUCAUCGCGCGCAAUGAAUUGAGGGGUACCACAUACGCCCUGGAGCGACAGUCCAAUGGGCUGUAUGUGCUUUGCAAGCUGGGGCCAUGGGCGGACUUGGAAAGCCUGGCGCAAAAUGCAACGGCCGUCAGAUAUGAGCGCCUUUCUCCCGUGAAGACGGAGCGAGUCGAGCGCCCUGAUAUCGAAGCACUUACAACCCCUCAGCUGCAUGUCGAACAGAAGAAGAAGAGGGCUGCCAUCGAAGCCAUCCAGUCUCAAAUGAGGAAGCGUGUGAGAUCCCAGUCUGUUUCGACUGUCGGAAUCUUGGCCAAAGAAGAAGAAUCGCUGGAACCCGAAUCAUUGCUGUCACAGCUACCGUCGCCCGACAUGAGCUUGGAACAGCUUCCGCUGCCGGGAUCUGAGGACCAAGCCAACACUGCUCCCAUAGUCCAGGGUGCAGAGGAUAUUUUUGACAGCAUCAGAACUCAUUAUUUCGAUGCGCUGUACAAAUCCAUGGGCUCCCUUGCGUACUUUGCCAAAGGACCACUAUCACGAGCUCGAUCGACUUUCCACUUAGAUUUAGAAUCGAACCUGGACAUGGCCGAUCUGAUCGAAUUCUUGAAGAGUCUCAUCCUCACAACCGUCCAGAUCGACAAAAAGUAUCGCGAAACAAUUCCUGAGAUUAUUACCAAGCUGAAGGACCGGAUUGAGAGUUCUGAUGAAGGUCGCAAGCGCAAGCGCAAGCCCAAGAAGAUGAAGCUUGGCAAGAGUGGGCUAUAUCCGCUGGAGGAUGAAAACAUUAUGCGGUGGUGGGCUGCGAACAAGCCAGAGCCAAAUGAUGAGGCUGCCACCACCUCGUCACAAGUCAAGUCUCAUGUUUCCAUCCUACGGACGAGGGAGACUAAGCUGCAAAUGAUCCUCAUCAUGGAGAUCCUUGCACUGGAACCUCUCAAAGCUGCUGGCGAAAGCGGCGAGGCGAUUCUGCCCACUUUACCUGGAGCUGCCGAUUCCGGAGACCUGCUGGAGAAUGCGCUGCACCCUCAACCAAAGAAGAGAAACAAGCACAAUCUUCCGGUGCUGCUGGAUGUCCACGCCGAUCGGCUAACUAUCUGGCAAUCAACAGCGAGUGAUGAGCAACUAUUGCUAGAAGAUGCACCAUCUUUGCACACGCCACUGGAUGGCAGCCUGGAAAAGAAGGCUUCGUCCGAACCUCUGAGAGACUUUUGCGUCGAUGUUAUUGUACCUUUCUUUUCUGCACGUUUGCCUGAUCUUUGCGACUCAAUCAACCGGAAACUUGGAGGUCCUGUGAUUAUAGCUCCGGCAAAGUCCAGGACUAUGAAGAAGCCUUCAGGUCUGCGAGACCAGAGACCUGGUGCUGCAGCUAAGCGACCUCAACCUCCGAACGUUCGCAAGACGUUGCAGCGAGCCCUCUCUACGGAACAACAGAACCGAAGGAGUAUCUCGAGGGGCCCCAGUAAUGCCAUUGCUCUUUUGCGAUCAGCCACAUCUACCACCCUUCCGACCGUCAAGCGGGAGAGCUUGGAUUUGUCAGGGCCCAUGUCAUUGCUUCCCGACUCUCAGAGAAGGGCCCAUUCACUGUCCCGAAGCAGCAGCAUGAACAACCUGUUUGAUGCCAGAGCUAGUAAAAAGGCUGAGGUGGAUGCUGAGCUUAAGGAGGCCAUUUCAGCCUUGAGGAAGCCUAACCGAGAGGUUGUAAGCAAGGCAAUGGCGGAGGCAGAUGAGCGUAGAACGUCGGCCAAUUUGGCCACCAAGAAACCGAAAAGAGCACCCCCGAGGAGCAUUCCGGCUUCAGCUAUUCAAGUCAAGGCCACACCAGCAAACAAUCGGUUCAAGAACAUGAUGCCAGCCAAGAAGGCAGAGAGCCAAAUAUUCUCUGAAGGUUUUGAUGAAUUAAUCCCCCCAUCUAGUGUGACGGCCUUUGUUCCAUCUACAGGCAAGAAACCUGCUCUUAGGGAGCUGUAUAAGCGCAGCCCAUCUCCAGUGAUGGAUGCAAUAGGCGACACGCCGACGAAGACUUCGGCGAAGCCCAGCUUCCUACGUCGACCCUUGAAUGAACAGCCAGCAUAUCCUCCUUCCUCCCCCGCCGUACAGAGAACGCGGGCGCCUGAAGAUUUCGUUGUAACGGAUAGCGUGGUUAAACCUGCGAGAACCAGACAUGAAGCUCCCGAUUUGAUUGAGACGCCGAUCAAGAAAAGCACACAGCAGCGGCUUGAUUUAUAUGCAACUCCUCAGACAAAGUCGCAGGAGCCGAAGGGGAAAAGCGUGUCUAUUUUUGAGAGACUUGGAUGGGAUGACGACUUUGAUGAUUUAUGA